ACUGUUGCCAUAGGUUAUUUAGCCCCUCCCACAGCGCUGUGUAAUUGGUUGGAUUUCAACGCGGUCACGCCCAUUUAUUUCUCUGGAGAAUUCGCCUCGCGCCGUUAAUUUCCGUCAGACGCCGCAAUAUAUGCACGCCUUGCCCCGCCCCCUCCAACGUGACGUGCCUUAAUGUUAAUAUCUUUCUCCUGUUAUUAUGCAAGGCAACGGCUUUGAUGUGAAGGUUAAAGCGCCCUGCUCCCCUCUGCCUCGAUGAGCGUCUUCAACUUCAUUUGGUUCGUCGGCCACGUCUACUUAGUCCUUUGCGCUGUCGACAAAUCGCCGCGGCCCGUUUUUGCUGUUACGCGGGUUGGUAUUAUCAGACCGCGCCUGCUGGCUAGGCCAGCCAUCCGCGUGGGCGCGCACGUGCGAAUGCCGUUGCUAUGUCGAACUCGCGCACGCCGGCCGGUGGUUGCGAGGAUAGAGACUGACGUCACUGCGGGAGAUGCCGAGGUGACAGAGCGAAGGGGGCGAUUUGUGUAGACGCAUCCAGAGAGCCCGGGCAGAAAACAAUAGCGUGCUAACCCGUGUGAGCUCUACGCGGGGUUCGGGAGGCAACAUGAAGGAGACUGUGCAGCCUCUGCGGUGCUGAGAAGACAAAUCCCAAGGGCUUUAACCACACCCGAAGCCAACAGCGCGGAGGGAGCGAGCAAACAGUCAAGGCAGAGGCUAGCAGGCCUGAAGGCAGGCACCUUGGAGCCCAAUGCUUACUCUUGAACUGGACAACGCAUAGGGGAGAAGCUCAGUCCACGCCAGUUUGGCAGGAUGAGCGGAGGAGUAGAACAGGCUGACAUCCUUUCUGUCGGCUUCCAAGUGAAGGAACGAUGGAAAGUGGUGAAGAAAAUUGGAGGUGGAGGUUUUGGAGAGAUCUAUGAGGCCUUGGAUCUGUCAUCCCGUGAGUGUGUGGCUUUGAAAGUGGAAUCAGCACAACAACCCAAACAGGUCCUCAAAAUGGAAGUGGCAGUUUUGAAGAAGCUGCAAGGAAAGGACCAUGUGUGCAGAUUUAUUGGAUGUGGACGCAAUGACAGAUUCAAUUACGUAGUCAUGGAACUUCAGGGAAGAAAUCUAGCAGACUUGAGGCGCAGUAUGGCACGUGGGACCUUCACCAUCAGCACCACUUUGAGGCUGGGGCGACAGAUCCUGGAGUCUAUUGAGAGCAUCCAUUCUGUGGGCUUUCUGCAUAGAGACAUCAAACCAUCCAAUUUUGCUAUGGGCCGCUUUCCAAGCACCUGUAGGAAGUGCUACAUGUUGGAUUUUGGUUUGGCACGACAGUUUACAAACUCAUUUCUGGAGGUUCGACCGCCACGUCCCGUCGCUGGAUUCAGAGGAACUGUGCGCUAUGCAUCAAUCAAUGCACACAAAAACAAGGAGAUGGGCAGACAUGAUGAUCUCUGGUCCCUUUUCUACAUGUUAGUGGAAUUCAUGGUAGGACAGUUGCCAUGGAGAAAAAUUAAGGAUAAGGAGCAAGUUGGGAAGCUGAAGGAGAACUACGACCAUCGGCUCAUGCUGAAGCAUCUGCCUCCUGAGUUCAAUGUCUUCCUUGAUCAUAUCUGUAGUCUUGAUUAUUUCACUAAGCCAGACUAUCAAUUGCUGAUGUCAGUGUUUGAAAAGAGCAUGAAGAAUUUCAGUGUGGUGGAGAAUGAUCCUUAUGACUGGGAGAGGAAUGGGAUGGAUGGCACACUUAUCAUUACAAAUACCACAGUCACUCCACAGUUAUUCACCCGACAGACUCCUGUUGCAAUGGGGAUGGCAAAUGCUUCUAUGGUACCUGGUGACUUGCAGCGAGAGAAUACGGAUGAAGUUCUGCAAGAUGAGCAACUCAGUGAUGGAGAGAAUAACUGCCCAGAGAAACUGCCCAUCUUGCCAGCACAGCGCCAGCAAGAGGCUGAUGUCUGGGAGGAGCUUGAUCGCAAUCGCAACCGGAUCAGGCCACCGGCAUGCAAGGCCACCACAGAAGAGGAGCACAGCCAAAACCAGGGAAACAGUCCCCUUGCAGGACCUAGUUGGGGUUCCCCCGUCCGAGUCCGCUCCGAAACCGUCCAGUCUGACAGAGAUGCCCCUCUCCUGAGAAAGCUGCGCUCUAUUCACAGUUUUGAACUCGAGAAACGCAUGACUCUGGAGCCCAAGCCUAAAGCUGAGAAAUUCCUGGAGGUUUGUGGUGGAAAAUUAGCAAACACAGCGGUUCAGGACAAAGAAGAAGGAAACGUCCCUCUUCAGCAAGUUGAAGGUUGUAGUGCUGACAGAAUUUGGCACUAUGAUGAGGAAAUGAUACCAGAAUUCAUCAAGGUGGGCUCGCCUGGCUCACCAGAGCAGGGAGAAGGAGCAGUCAGUAGUGGAUUUGUGGCUCUCAAUCUGAGCUCUGGCAGACAGGAUGUGGAUUCCCGGGAAUGGGUUUUGGUAGAUCGAGAACAAGACUUUCAGGAUCUCAGAGAAGCUGGUGGACAGAGAGUGAAAGUGACUAGCAGCCCAUCAGAAGAGGAACCAGAAGUAUUGCAGCUUGCAGAGGAGUGUCAAGCACCAGAACCUACUGCCAAUUUACCCAGUGCUGGAAAAGACUGUGUUGAAUCAGAAAACGGGAAUGGAAGAGACUCCUUUUUACCACUGCGGGCUGACCAUUUGGAACUUAGUGUUGGUGUAUUAGGCCAGAUAAUUCCAAUCACACCCACAAGUCCAGCAGAGGCUUUGGCAGAAGGGGCCCUCACACAGCUCUCCUCUUCUCAUCCUCCACUUCCCGAGCCCAGCCGGAUCUCCAGUCCCCUACUCCGCUCCCCAAGUCCUCUAGCCCUCUUCUCCACCCGCUCGGAUCCUCUCCACAAGAAGGCACCCUGCCUGUGCAAGAGCCAGUCCGCUGACAUCUCCUCUGCCUGUGUUGCUGCGCUCACCACUUCACCCAGCCACAGGAAACUGCCCAUCAUCCCGAGUGGAGCCAAGCUCCCCUCUGCCAUUCGUCUCACUAGACCACAACUUCAGCAGUUAACCGCUCCGAGGCCUUCAGUGCUGUCUACUCAGUCUGCCUCUGAGAGUGCACCGCCAUGCCUUCUGCAUGAGAAACGAGAUGGGGAUUGCCAUCCAGUUGAUAGUGCAACUGAUCUGGACUCUUCUCAAGAGAGACCAGUUAUUCCUGCUGCUCAGGUAGACUAUCCUGGGAGCCAAACUGAGGUGAAAGAAGUGGAAACAAGAAAAGGGAGGUCUGGUUGCAGCACAAACCAAGAUGAGAGAAAAUUGUUAACGCUGCCUGUAGCAGUUACACCGGACCCAACUCCAGGUGGGCAUGAGCCUACUCCUGUGGUUUCUGUAAGUGACCAUUCUCGCACUGUAAAUGGGAACACGAGAGCUUUGACUCCACUGAGUAGUGUGCCAUACAAUACAGACACUGAUCAAGUGGCAGGCGUACUGGAUGCUCCUGUUGUCAAUGGAGAAGUCACAGCCCAUCCAGGUGAGUUCCACUUAUUAAGACCCAAGUUUACUGAGAACAAUUGCUUUCAAGAACUGAAGGACCCAGAGAGUGAUUCUGGUUAUCCAGACAGAUCAGCAGAUCCAGUGCUCCGCCUUCUUAUCCGACCUGACUUUAGCCUUGAUGCAGAGGCCAGCCAGUGUCUUGCCAAUGAGGUCAGAAGUGUGGAGACAGGGGCAGAUGUGUCAAAUGCAAAUGAAGGCCUGUUACAGGGCAAAAAAGAUCCAGCACGGAGGCUGAGUCGCAUUCCUAUAUUGGCAUUGGACGUGGAACCUGUUUUGGAGCUCUCAGCUCCUGUCUCUGCAAAAGAAAAGCUUCUACAGAAGAAGGCAUCCCAAUCAGAUCCAGCAAAGCCUUUGACAGAAAAAAAGCAAGCUGGUUCUCUACGAGGAGAGCAGUCAUCAGCUUGUGAUCACUCACAGGAGGACGACGAGUCAGAGAUGCAUUCGAGCCGAAUGGGUGAAGACCCUGCCUCUGUGUCAUCUUCAUCCAGCCUGUUGUCCCGUAAAAGUAAGAUCCCCCGACCAGUGUCCAUCUUCAGCUCCGAACACUUCAACACUAAGUUUCUUCCACGACCACCUCCAGGAAAACCUCCCAGUCGACCUACACUUGAUGGAAGGGUCCGACGUUUCCGGGUUGUGACCGGUGGAACACCUGAAUCAGACCUGCUUUCCUGCCUUGCUCAGAUCAUCCAGAAAAGCAAUGCUGCAAAGAAUCGAAGCUCAAGCCAACCCAAAAGCCAGACCAGCCAGACCAGCCCCAAGAUCCCACCCAAUAGCCCUUCCAGUCCUCUCCGAAGCCCUAGCACAUCCCCUCGCAGCACCUCCCUGCAGCGUUCAGUCAGCUCUUCACCUUCCAGAGGGGGUGUUGGCCGUACCUGCCAUGAGCACCGCUCUGGAGGGCAUGGCCGCAGUUGCUCCCCACCCAGUUUCUCAGGCUCACCUCCACCUCGCAGGUCGUACAGGCAGGCCCGCUCUGCCUCCUUCCAUGCACCUCGUUUUAAUAGAGUCAGUAAACCCUCCAGUAAGGUUAGCAGAUAGUAACUUUUGAUUCCUGCCCCCCCAUUCCAGCUUGGCUGCCUCUUUGGAGCUUCCUUGCCUGCUGUUGCCACAACAGUGUAUUCUUAAUUCUGUGUCAGCCUGAGACCAAGCAAGUCAUCCUUCGUAUUCAAAGAUGCAGUGUUCAUUAAAAAUGGUUUUUUUGGCUUAAUUUUAGAAUGCUUGAGAUGAAUGUAUUAGAUGUGUAAAUACGUGCUAAGAUAUUUAAUUUUUGUUCUGAGUUAUUAUAAAGGAGUCUGCAGUGGCAGAUUUGCUGGAGCUAAAAACAAGUUUUUUUCUGAAUGUAGGUUAAAAGGACAGUGAAGAAUGGUUUGUAACUGAGCCAGGGGGCUGCUGUGUGGGAGAGUGUAAGAAUUUGAUUGUAAUGUUGCCAUGCCGCUACUGCUUUAACCUGUAAAUAUGGACUGGGGAUCUGGGGUGCUCUGAGUUGCAUUUGUUCAAUUUCAGUGAAGCUCAUUUUUUUUGCUUCAAAGAUUACUGCUUCUUACAUUUUUCCGAAUACACCAUAGAUUUGAGAAAACCUCAUGAGUUAGCUGCUUUAUUAUCUGAAGAUUAUUGUGCAAGUUGGGAGCUCCUUAGGUUUAUGCUGGUCGUCUCACCCUGUGGGAGAGAAGGAGAUCCAUUCCAUCAUGUCUGAAAUCUCUAAGUGUAAAAUAAGAGUAUUAGUUAUGAAGCAAGACCCCAUUUCCACAAAAAGCUGACCCCAGUGCUGCCUUGUUGUGUUUUUGUUUGCCAGUUGUGUACAACUGUUGCUGACAGUCCAUGGGGUGAGGCCACCUCACUUACAUUCUUGUCCUUCCUAAAGUACAGAAUUCUUAACCACUCGUUCGUCUGCAGGUUCUAUAAGUUUUAUCCCUUUGUUUCUGGAUUUGUAUUUUUCAUGGGAGUUGCCACAAUUAGGGUGUUUAUUAUUUCAUAGUUCAUGAGUAUGUUUAUUUGUUCAUCACUAGCUUCAAGUCAGUUUUUUGUGUUGUAUUGCCCUCAUUAUGCUUAAAUUCCAGCUUUGGUAUGUCUAGAGUACCCAUUGUGGGAGUGGGUUUGGAAGAUGAUAAAGCUGCUUGAGACAUGAUGUUGUUACCUUUGACUACGCUUUAGGGCAAAGUAAUCAAACUCCAGUCCUGGGAGGGCCAUAGUGGACUUACAAUUUUUCUUCUUAUCCACUUUCUUAUUUAAUAGCCAAUUAUUACUGCUAGUGAAACAGACUUUGCUGCCUUGAUUUUACUGGGCCCAUUUUUGUGAUUCCGAAAACUAAAUUGUUUGUUUUUAUCUUUAUUCAACUGCCAGCUAACAAAAAAUACUGCGCUGACUCCAGAUCAAAAAUCAAAACAAUAUUAGAAAUGUCUUAUGUGUCAGACUGAGUACACUGCCAAGCUCUAACAUAGGGGUAUCUAACAUAUACUGGAUGGCUGCAAUGACUUCAGAUUUUCAUUGUAGCCAUUUUAAUUGUUCUGUCUACUGAGGAAGAACGCAGACAUUUUAAAAUAAUGGGAUUAAAAUAUGAGAGACUUUAGAGAAAACAAGUUGCAUGUUUUAAACCAGAGGUCAAAAACAAAGUAGUAAGCUACCUUCUAGUGAAAGAGUCAAAGUACCGAAUUGGAAACAGAUGAGUUAAAAUUAGGAAGAUUCAUGUGCCAGCUGCCCAAGUUUUUAAUCAUAAUGUACUGUGACAUACGCUUCCUGCUGAUCUUCUUUAGCAACUGCAUUGUAAAUUUGUGAGACCAAUAGAAAAACAAAAUGGUGUUGGAAAAGAUAAAAAAAAUAGUUUAAUAAUUUAAAAAAAUUCUUUCAAACAUUUAAAAGCCAGGGUUAGAAGAGAUUUAUAAACAACACAGAUUUUAAUAUUAAAUGAAUACUCAAAAAUGAUUAUUUUAUAUUUUACUUUCCCCAUGUGGUUUGUUGUAAUGGCCAAGAAAAAAAUUGUAAUUUCAUGCUGUCAUAAAAAACAAAGAUAACAAAGUUUCUGUUAGACUAGGCAUCUAUGGGGAUCAUCACAGGACACAAGCAAACAAGCAGUGUGUUUAUGUGCACACAUAGCUGGGUUAAGGUGAGUAACCCACCUGGUUAAGGCAGAAACUUGAUUUCUUAAACAUCAGCGUUUACGUUCUCAAGUAAUCUUCUGGAGUUCUCUUUUGUCAAAAUACUCCAUUGUCAUUAAAAUGCGCAAAAAAAAAAAAAAAGUUAAACUUCCUCAUUGGCAGCUGUGAAUCCAAAAACAAGCCUGAAAUCUGUGCUCAUUUUCCUCUGUUUUAUAAAUAAGUGUAUUCCUUCAUUUGCUUGGAAGUAAAGAACAUCCACCCCCUCUUGGAGAACUUGUGUGAACUUUGGCAGCUGCAUCACCUGGUCUCACUUUUUCAACAUAUCGAUAGCAAAUAGCUAGAUGAACACUAAAAUGAUAAUAAUAUGUUUCUGUUAUCAGAUUGCACUCUGUGGACUUUCCUGCUUGGCUGUGCAGUUUAGCCCUGCAGAAGACCUGGGACAUGUGAUUUUUGCUUUCCACCCAGGGCUGUUGUGAUUAUAAUAGCGCAGAUAGGUUAGGUUACUUGUUACCUUAAAAAGUAAUCUGGCUAUAUAAUGCAUAUUACUUUUAAUGCAUUACACCAACAUCCGCCUCCAAGCCCAUUUCUCUCGAGAUUGUGCAGCUGAGUUUAGCACUAUACAUUCAGUUCAUCAGUAUAACUUUUCAAAUAUUGAGCUACAACCACAAUUCCAAUGAAGUUGGGACGUUGUGUAAAACG